AUUUUUAGAAAUCUAAAUUUCUUGAUUUUUAAAUUUUCAGAAAUCUAGAAAUUUUUUUAUUUUUAAAAUUUUCAGAUUUUUAAGAAAUCUAUAAAUUUUUUGAAUUUUAGUUUUUUUCCUUUGAUUUUUAAAAUUUUCUCUUGAUCUCAAGGAGAGAUCUCAGUAAAAAAAAAAAAAAAAAAACCCUACAAUUUAAUCUUAGCGAGAAUAUCAUGGUUAUUUGAGAAUGUUAUGGGCUGUCAUACUUAUUCUUCAUGAUAUUCACAAUAAUUCUACUUUACAACCAAUGUCUUUGAUUCUCUAUAUAGUUGUAUACUAUAGAUGCGAUUUGAGCUAUCAAAACAUCAUUAAAUUCACACACCCACAACUCAAAAAUAUCUAUACAGGUUGGAUAAGAAUUGGAGUGUAUUAUGCAACAACCCGACGUGUUUCACGUUUUAAGAUACGUCCCACCUCUAUAAAUAAAGUGAAUAAUUAAGGUGUCGCCUCCCUAAACAACAUAACCUAUUGUAAUAAUUCUCCUUUUUAGAUAUUUUUCUUGAGAUCUUGCGAGAAAUGGAUUCAAGAUUCAUCCACAUCAUUCCUACCUCAAGGUGUAAUAGUAAAACUGAGAAGCAGAAGAAUUACGGCAAUGAAGAGAGAAGUAGUAUGUACACUUUUGUGAGUGCUCUAAGUAUGAGUGGAGGAGAUGGAGACAACAGUUACUCCAACAAUUCUCUUCUUCAGAGAAGAGUGCUAGCAAAGGCUAAGCCGGUUUUGGUUAAGAACACAAAGGAACUGAUGAUAGACUUAAACUUUCCUAAAUACAUUAAAGUAGCUGAUUUGGGUUGUUCUUCCGGACCAAACACAUUCUUGGCAAUGUCUGAAAUCAUCAACAUAAUUAAUGUAUUCUGUCAAAAGUGGAACCAGAACCCACCAGAAAUAGAUUGUUGUCUAAACGAUCUCCCUAGUAACGAUUUCAACACGACGUUCAAAUUCAUACAUUUCUUCAAAGAGAAGAACCUCACGAAUUUAGAAUCAUGCUUCGUUUCUGGAGUCCCCGGUUCCUUCUACUCGAGGCUCUUCCCUCGUAAGAGUCUCCAUUUCGUACAUUCCUCUUAUGGCCUCCAUUGGCUCUCUAAGGUUCCCGAAGGACUUGAGAAGAACAAGAUGAGUGUGUACAUCACGAGUUCAAGUCGUCUAAGUACAUACAAGGCUUACUCAAAUCAGUUCGAAAGAGAUUUCACAACAUUUCUAAAAUUACGUUCUGAAGAGAUUGUUUCCAAUGGGCGUAUGGUUCUCACUUUCAUCGGUAGAAACAAUAUGGAUAAUCCAUUGCAUAGAGAUUGUUGUCAUUUUUGGACAUUGCUAUCUAAAUCGCUCCAUGACCUAGUCAUCGAGGGUCUUGUGAGUGCUUCGAAGGUGGAUUCGUUCUACAUGCCGUUUUAUGAUCCGAGUGAAAAAGAAGUGAAAGAAAUCAUAGAGAAAGAGGGUUCCUUUGAAAUCAAAGAUUUAGAGACACACGAGUAUGAUCUUGGCCACUGUAACCAAGACGAGCCGAUUAAGAGAAGUAAAUCAGGGCAAAAUGAAGCCAACUAUAUUAGAGCGGUGAGUGAACCAUUGCUUGUGGCUCACUUUGGAGAUGCCAUUAUCGACAUAUUGUUCAACAAGUUGGCACGUCACGUGGCUCAACAUGUUGAUUGCAGAAACAAAACGACCAUUCCAACAACUUGGAUUGCUACACAUGGAACACAUGCAUAUGGAAGAUAUGUCAUACCUUUAUAUAUAAUUAUGAGUGGAGGAAAUGGAGACAACAGUUACUCCACCAAUUCUCUUCUUCAGAGAAGAGUUUCAUCAAUGACUAAGCCCAUAUUGGUUAAAAACACCAAGGAAAUGAUGACAAACUUGGACUUUCCUAAAUGCAUUAAAGUAGCCGAUUUGGGGUGUUCUUCGGGACAAAACACAUUCUUGGUGAUGUCGGAGAUCGCUAACACAAUCAACGUGUUAUGUCAAGAAAAGAACCAAAUCCCGCCAGAGAUAGAUUGUUGUCUGAACGAUCUCCCUGGUAAUGAUUUCAACACGACGUUCAAGUUCAUAGCUUUCUUCAACGAUAAGCUCACAAGCAAAAUACCAUGCUUUGUCUCUGGAGUCCCUGGUUCCUUUUACUCAAGGCUCUUCCCUCGCAACAGUCUCCAUUUCAUUCAUUCAAAUUACAGUAUCCAUCACCUCUCUAAGGUUCCGGACGGGUUGGAGGAGAACAAGAUGAGUGUGUACAUAACAAGUUCAAGUCCUCUAAGUGAGUACAAGGCUUAUUUUAAUCAAUUCCAAAGAGAUUUUACGUCAUUUCUAGAAAUGCGAUCUGAAGAGAUGGUAUCUAAUGGGCACAUGGUUCUCACAUUAAUCGGAAGAAAGACUCUUGAUGAUCCGUUGUAUAGGGAUUGUUGUCAUUGGUUGACAUUGUUAUCCAGUUCUCUCCGCGACCUAGUCACCGAGGGUCUUGUGAGUGCAUCAAAGGUGAAUUCGUUCACCAUGCCGUUUUAUGAUCCGAACGAAGAAGAAGUGAAAGAGAUUAUUAGAAAUGAGGGGUCAUUCCAAAUAAACGACUUGGAGACGCAUGUGUUUGAUCUUGGCCUUAGUAACGAAGAGUGUAGCGUGCAAUCACAUAGAGCUAGAGCAGGGGAAAAAGAAGCUAGUUGCAUAAGAGCAGUGACUGAAACGAUGCUCGUAGCUCACUUUGGUGUUGCCAUUAAUAUCGACACAUUGUUUGAAAGAUAUGCACAUCAUGUUUCUCAGCAUGCUAGCUGCAGUAACAAAACGUCUAUCACUCUUGUCGAGAGUUCGAACCCACAACUGGGCCACGAUAGGAUUGGUUGUAAAAGUGAUAACGAGAAGUUUAGUGGCGAUGAAGAGGGAAGUAGCAAGUACACUUUUGUGAGUGCUCUAAGUAUGAAUGGAGGAGAUGGAGACAACAGUUACUCCAACAAUUCUCUCCUUCAGAGGAGAGUUUUAUCAAGGACCAAAACAAUCUUGGUUAGAAACACCAAAGAAAUGAUGACAGACUUGGACUUUCCUAAAUGCAUUAAAGUAGCCGAUUUGGGCUGUUCUUCGGGACAAAACACAUUUUUGGCCAUGUCUGAGAUCGUCAAAACAAUCAAUGUGUUAUGUAAAGAAUGGAACCGAAACCCGCCGGAGAUAGACUGUUGUCUGAACGAUCUCCCUAGUAACGAUUUCAACACGACUUUCAAGUUCAUAACUUCCUUCAAGAAGAAGCUCACAAGAGAAGGAUCGUGCUUCGUCUCUGGAGUCCCCGGUUCCUUCUACUCGAGGCUCUUCCCUCGCAAGAGUCUCCAUUUCGUACAUUCAAUAUACAGUAUUCAUUUUCUCUCUAAGGUUCCGGACGGACUGGAGAAGAACAAGAUGAGUGUGUACAUAACAAGUUCAAGUCCUCUGAGUGAGUACAUGGCUUACACGAAUCAGUUCCAAAGAGAUUUCACGACAUUUCUAAGAAUGCGCUCUGAAGAGAUGGUAUCUAAUGGACGCAUGGUACUUACAUUAAUCGGGAGAAACACUCUUGAUGAUCCGUUGUAUAGGGAUUGUUGUCAUUUUUGGACGUUGUUAUCCAAUUCUCUCCGCGACCUAGUCUUCGAGGGUCUUGUGAGUGCAUCAAAGGUAAAUUCGUUCAACAUGCCGUUUUAUGAUCCCAACGAAGAAGAAGUGAAGGAGAUUAUUAGAAAUGAGGGGUCAUUCCAAAUAAACGACUUGGAGACGCAUGUAUUUGAUCUCGGCCAUAGUAACGAGGAGCGUAGCUUACAAUCACAUAGAGUUAAAGCAGGGCAAAAAGAAGCUAGUUGCAUAAGAGCAGUGACUGAAACUAUGCUCGUAGCUCACUUUGGAGAUGCCAUUGAUAUCGACGCAUUGUUUGAAAAAUAUGCACAUCAUGUUUCUCAGCAUGCUAGCUGCAGGAACAAAACGUCUGUCACUCUAAUCGUUUCAUUGAUUCGGAAAUAACCUCUGUUAUGGGUUGAUGAAAGAGUAUACGUGUGUGUUAUACAAGGUUCUUGAAACAUACUUCUUGACUUGUGAUUAUUUGAUAUGUGUUGUUUGGUUUUGUAUAUGUGGAUUUGUGCAUAUAUGAUCAAAUUUGGUUACAUAUUCGGCAUUAAAAAGGAAAUGCAUUAUGUAGGUCUUAAAUAAGUGUAUAUCGCUGGUGAUAGCCGAUUCACUGGUUCA